GGUUCCAAGAACUACAACUUACACCAUUUUCGCGGACUGAAAUAGAAAAAUAUAUCAAAAAUUAUGUUAGUUAUUUCAAGAAAAGUAAUUUAUUACUAUGGGACGCAGACAAAUAUAUACAAAGCAUAGACAAUAUACCGCAAAUAGAAGAUCUUGUGUGCAAUCCCGUUCUAUUAAAAAUUACUUUAACUAUUUUACCAGGUUUUUUCAAAGACAAUGAAACUACACCUCAGAUAAGUCGCAAAGUUUUGUAUGACGAAUUUAUUAAACAAUGGUUUGAACGUGCUCAAAAUCGCUUAAAAAGCAUUCAAUUGAAAUCUGAAGAGCAAGAAGAGUUUAAUCGUUUAAAUAAUGAUUUUACUAAAAUUUGUGAAAAUUUUGCUUUCACGAUGUUUGUAGACAAUAACAAAGCAGUUGUUGACUAUAAUUUAGAAAAUAGGGAGAUCACGUCUGACUGGGCGACGCUUUUAGGAAAUACAAAUGUAAACUGUCGCUUGAUGCGUUUUAGCAUGCCAUUAAUUCGACGCGGAAAUCAAUAUUGGUUCUUCCAUAAAUCAUUACGAGAUUACUUAAUCGCUUGUGCAUUGUUAGAUUCACUUAAUGAUACGUCAGAAUCAACUCUCUUUAAUAAGAAAUCUAUUAUAUCAGAACCUGCAAUUCAAAACUUUUUAGUCGAAGGAGUUCAACAAAAGCCAGAGUACCAAGAACCGUUGCUAAAUUUUAUUGAAUGUUCUAAAAAUAAU